CAGGUUUCUUUGAUGAAUAGAAAGUUCAGAAGAACAGCAUUGAUCUGAAAUAUAAAUAUUUUGUCUUUAUCCUCAUUUUUGAUCAAUUUAAAGCAUCCUUGCUAAAUAAAAGUAUUAAUUUCCAUAAUUUCUUUCCCAAAAAACAAAACAAAAAUUAUACUGACUCCAAUCUUUUGAAUGGUGUAUUAAUGUUACUAAAGCUUUUUUAUUUCAGAUAAAUGCUGAUCUUUGGAUCUUUCUAUUCAUCAAAGAAUCCAUUAAUAAUAAUAAAUAUUUCUUGAGCAGCAAUUCAGCAUAUUAGAAUGAUUUCUGAAGGAUCAUGUGACACUGAAGACUGGAGUAAUGAUGCUGAUCAUUUAUCUUUGAUUUUUUCAGUUUGUGACGCAAGUACAUCGAUGACGCGUCGAAAUCACGUGAUGCUUCAUUUAAAUUCCUGUCCAGCUGUGAGCUCGCGCAGCUGUUUGUUUCCCGGUUGUAAAAGUUCAGGUAAUGUCACAUUGCAUCGCUUUCCCUGCGAGCUGCCCUAUUUCGAGGGUGAUUUUUGGCCCAAUGUUUUGGAGGAAAGCAUCAAGGAGCUGGAAAAAGAGGUGGAGCAGUGGAAGAAGAAUACAGCCACCUCUGAGACAACAGAGGGAAUCCAAGCUGACCGCAAGAACGCCAAAAAGAGUAGCGCGAGCCGUGCAAACAAGAAGAAGCCUGGGAUGCCGAAUGUAGCUAAUGAUCUGUUCCAGAGGCUAUAUGCAACAAUGGAGAAGCACAAAAAGUUGUUCUUCGUGAUCCCCCUGCAUGCUGGUCCAGAUAUCAACACCCUGCCUCCAAUAAUGGAUCCUGACCCUCUGCUGACCUGUGAUCUGAUGGACGGACGCUGGGAGUUCAGUUCCCUGCUGAUGCUGGUGGAGACCGAUGUGUGUACACUAGGGAUGUAACGACAUCAGAAGACUACAGCGGACGGUCAGGACUGCUGCGAGGAUUACCGGUGCCCAGCCUCCAAGAUCUUUACCCCUCCAGAGUGAGGAAAAGGGCUCGGAGAGUCACGUCCACCUCACUCUCUCUUUGAACUCUUGCUUUCUGGUCGGCGCUACAGAUUGGACUGAAGUACGACGAAGAGAAUCAGAUGCUGGUUCAAGACAACCGAGCUUGCAAACCUUUGUUUUUAUUUCAGUUUUUUAUAUCAGUAUUUUAUUUGUAAUGUAUUUAACCCAUAUACAAUAAAACUAUAUUUAAUUAUAACUAAAAGCUGGCCUGCCUGAAGAGUCUGAUUUAUAGACUUGAGCAGAACAGACCACGGAGAAGUCUUCUGAGACCCGUUUUGUUUUUAUGCUUCUAGGACAGACUCGACUUUCUUUACCUAACCUGAGAAUAAAUAAAAUAAGGAAGGUGUAUGGAAUUUAGCACCGCAAUCACUGAGCACCAGAACGACCAGCACAGGAACCGUUUCUAUAUUCAGCCUGAGCAAUUCAACUUUCAUAAUUAUACAUCGUCCAUCACAACUGACACAUUUAUACACAGAAUCCAAAAUUUGCACACUUUGUAAAUAACAUAUCUGCACACUUAUAACACAUCUGUACAUUUAUCUAAACCAAUUACAUUUUUCUCCUAUACUUUUAUUUCUGUAUAUAGUACAUUUCUUUAUUUUUCUUCAUGUUAGUGUUAUAUUCCAUCCCUGCUGUGUUAUUCAUAUGCAUGUGUGUAAACAUAGUAAUAAAGCUUUUCUGAUUCUGAAAUAUCUAAUGUAAAUGUUCAAAUAAAGCUUUGAAAAGUUUCAUAAAAAGGUA